UCUACGUCACUUCUAAUGGUCACUACGUCACUUUUUAUUGCCUCUAUCUUAGAUCCUCGUAACAAACUUGAGUAUGUUGGCGACGCACUUGAGGAUAUGUUUGGAGAUGAAAAGUGGAGUGACAUAAAAGAUGAAGUGGUGACUUACAUGAAAUCUAUGUUUGAAGAGUAUGUAGCAAAAUUCUCUAAUGCAUCUCGACGCUCAUCUUCUCUCUCUGAUUUAUCGGGUCAGACAUCGGAUUCAUCUAGCUCUAACACUAGCACAAAAUCAACAAAAGUGAGAAAUAGGAUCCUAAUGAAGAGGAACAAACAAGAUGGUACUGGUUUGGGUGGUAAGUCGGAGUUGGAAAAGUAUCUUAGUGAAGAACUAGAGCCGAAUGAUGAUGAGGACAAUUUUGAUAUCUUGUCAUGGUGGAAAGCUCAUUCUCCUAGAUAUAAAAUUCUUUCCGAGAUGGCUCGUGAUGUGUUGGCAAUUCCAAUUUCUAGUGUGGCAUCGGAAUGUGCCUUUAGCACCGGGGGCCGUAUUCUUGAUUCAUUUAGGAGUUCUUUGACUCCGAAAUUGGUGCAAGCUGUUAUUUGUCUUCAAGAUUGGCGUCGAAAUGAGCCUUAUCCCAUAAAUGUUGAAGAAGAUUUUAACGAUCUUAUGAAACUUGAACUUGAUAUGGCUGAUAGCUCAAAAGAUUCCCUCGUUCUUGAUUUGUAAUCGCAAGAUGCCUCAGGUAUAAGCCUCUGAAUUUUCAUUUUUCAUUUCUCCCCUCACUUCAAGUGUUAAAAUGUGUCCAUGUUAGAGUUAAAAUGUUCAUUUUUCAUUUCUCCACCAGUGCUAGUUUUAACUUUUGAUAAUGCCGACUGCUGCUGCUUAUGAUCACUGAUCAGCUUUCCACUAUCCAACACCUUAAUAACAUGAUUUCUAUUUUCGAUAACUUGCUUGUUUAAACUUUGACUGCCUUGGAUUAUGAUUUCCUUUACCUGUGUCUUGCUCAUUAGUAACUGGA